AUGGAAGAAGAGGAUACGCUUUUCGUCCCUAGGGACAACUCCUCGCAGGCAGCCGGCGAGCGCAGUGAAGCCAGUAUACGGGCUUCAUCGCCAGCGUUAAGCCUCAGUGGAAGCAUCUCCAGCAGUAUUUUCUUCCAGGGGAACGCGAGAGAUCUCGAGGAAUUGGACAUGGUUGACAUAGCCUCUGUGGCUUCACUCCCUAAUGAGAUGGCAGAUGCUGGAGUCAAUGAGGCCAGAGCACAUGACCUUCACAAGCGACCAAACAGCAAACCAGGUGGAGGACCAGACGAUGAUCGGGCUGAUAGUGUGUUGGACGACGACGAUUCCCGCGACUCAGAUGACGGCUUCCCCGACCCAGCAGACGUGGAACCGUACAAUGAUCCAGAGUCAGAAGACUACGUGCUUCAACCAGGAGAUCCAGGUUUCGUUGGCCCAAUUUACGCCCACAGCCCUGAGUGGCAUACGCAUCCUGUCCAGGGCUACACCCGUCAUAUCUACUACGAGAUAGGUUUCGACCGAAACAAGGUACCAGCCGCAAACGCCACACGCGAAGUACUUCUGCAUGAUGGUCGCUGCCGGCCCAUGAUUGAAUUCUUCGACAGAUGCACAGUUGCAGAGACGAUCGAUGUGCAUUUUCCGGAUCAUUCACCCCUGAGAGUAUGGAACGAGUUCUGGGCUGCAGAGAGCGCGCUUUGGGACAAAGCGACUCUGAUCCAUAUUCACUUCCAUGGUAGAUCGUGGGGAAGAAACGAGGAUUACACCUGGAAAGUACCGGGCCUCGCACGCCCUUUGAAGGUCUACGCCUUCAUGCAAGAGCUCAACGAAACUGAUUCUGACAUUGUGUACCUUCUGGACACCUGGAUCAAUACCAGGUUCAAGCGCUUCCAUCGUACACACGCCAUGACGGAGUUCAUUCUAGCGGGCAUGAGCGAACCUGUCAGGGGCACUGGUGAGCAAAGAGCUACUUUCGAGGGCGAUUUUAGCCUUGCUUUUCCUCGCAUUCUGGGAGACUAUCUCGAAGAUCGACGAUACGAUCACGCACAUCUCCAGAGGGCUAUUAUGGACUACAUUCGGGAUCCAAGAACAGUCCAACAACUCGAAGGCUUCGAGGAGCUUCAAUCGACACCAGAACUCAUGAGAUGGGACAAGUCUCUUAGCAAUAACUGUCUCCGAAUCUGGGACCUGAAGCCAAGCAAGGCAAGCGCAAAGAGAGGCAUCGAGAUUUGGAGAAUCAAAGUGGACCCAUACAUUUGCCAGGUCACAGGUCUCAUGCAUUUCUGUCGCAAGCGAAUUCAACCCGAACCCGAGCCUCCAGAAGAAGGAACUCCCGAACCAGCUGAUGAGGAGAUGGAGGAUGUGCCAGAUUGGGCGCCCGAGGAGGAAGACCACGAUGAGGGCUUUGUGUCCGACGAGGAGGAAGAACAGGGCUCUUGCGACGGUGAUGGAGGCGGAGAUGGAGGCGAUGAUGACAACGAUGGAGGUGGAGCAGGCAGUGGAAGCGCCAGCGGCAGCUCGCCUGCGGAUCUGGUGAACAUGAACAUGCAUGGGGGCGAGGACGACGACGACAUGCCUCAUGAUAAUUUCUAG